AUGAAGACUUUUCUGCAGGCAGUAGCAUUAUGGGGGAAAAAGGCACCUUCUCAUAGCAUCACCACCAUAAUGAUUACAGAUGAUCAACACACUAUUGUUACAGGGAGCCAAGAGGGUCAACUAUGUCUCUGGAAUCUUUCCUCUGAACUGAAGAUCUCAGCUAAAGAGCUUCUCUUUGGUCACACUGCUUCUAUAACAUGUUUGGCGAAAGCAAGAGAGUUUGAAAAACAGCCAUAUGUUGUUAGUGCUGCUGAGAAUGGGGAGAUGUGUGUUUGGAAUGUCACCAGUGGCCAGUGCAUUGAGUCUGCAACCCUCCCUUAUAGACACAGAGCCAUCUGUUACUAUCACUGCGCCUUUCGAAUGACAGGAGAUGGCUGGCUCUUGUGUUGUGGAGAAUAUCAAGAUAUCCUCAUUAUUGAUGCCAAGACCUUGACAGUUCUUCACACUUUUACAUCCUCUCAAUCUCCUGAUUGGAUCAACUGCAUGUGCAUUGUUCAUUCCAUGAGGAUUCAAGAGGAUUCUCUCCUGGUGGUUUCCAUAACUGGAGAUCUCAAAGUAUGGAAUCUGUCAUCUUCUAUAAAUAGCAUCCAGGAAAAGAAAGAUAUUUAUGAAAAAGAAUCUAAAUCUCUGGACUCACCGAACUGCAGGACAAUAAGAUUUUGUACCUACACAGAAAGACUUCUGUUGGUGGUAUUUUCCAAAUGUUGGCAGGUUUAUGAUUACUGUGAUUUUUCCCUCCUGCUCACUGAAGUCAGUAAAAGCAGGGAGUUUUUUGCUGGUGGAGAGGUACUUGCUGCUCACCGAAUCAUCAUCUGGACAGAAGAUGGUCACAGUUAUAUCUAUCAGCUGCUGAACAGUGGACUUUCAAAAAGUUUAUAUCCUGCCGAUGGAAGAGUACUUAAAGAAACCAUGUAUCCUCAUUUACUUUGCUCUACUUCUGUAAAAGAAAAUAAGAGCUAUCCAUUUGUUAUGGGUUAUCUCAAUGAACGGAAGGAACCUUUUUACAAAGUCCUCUUCUCAGGAGAAAUGUCUGAAGGAAGAAUCACUUUGUGGCAUAUCCCUGAUGUUCCAGUAUCAAAGUUUGAUGGUUCCCCUAAAGAGAUACCAAUAACUACCACUUACACCCUUCAAGAUAAUUUUGACAAGCAUCACACUAUGUCACCAAGCAUUAUUGAUGGUUUCUGUGCUCUUGAAGAUGGAGCUGGAAGCCCAGCAGUCACUUCGUCUAUGUAUAUUCCAAAUUUUGACAAGCUAAUAUGCGGAUGUGAAGAUGGGAGGAUCUUUAUAACACUUGCCUUAAAUGCAGCAAAAGCAGGACUUUUAGAAGAUAAUGCCUUAUUUAAAAAAGAUUCCCUACCUCACAAAGUUCUUAAAGGACACAACAGAAGUGUUACUUCAUUACUUUAUCCUCAUAGCCACUCUUCCAAAUUAGAUCCCAGCUGGAUGGUUUCAGGGGAUCAAGAUUCUUGUGUAAUCUGGUGGGACGUCUUAACUGAAGAAGUCUUACAUAAAUUCCUUUUGUGGGCAGGUCCAGUAACAAGCCUUUUGAUGUCACCAGAAAUCUUCACACUGAAAGAUCACCACGUCGUAUGCUGUGUAUGCAGUGACCGCUCGGUUAUACUACUCCACCUUGAGGAAAAGACAUGUCUUUUGAAGGCUCAGAAACACCUUUCGCCUGUGACAACAAUAAAAUGGCAUCCUGUAGAAAAUUUCUUAAUUGUUGGAUGUGCAGACGAUUCUGUUUAUAUCUGGGAAAUUGAAACUGGCACUUUGGAAAGACAUGAAACAGGAGAGAGAGCAAAGGUGAUUCUUAAUUGUUGUGAAGAUUCACAGCUUUUUAAGCCUGAGCCUUUACUUGCAGUUGCUUCAGAAACACACAAGCACAAAACUGCAGAUUAUAGAUUCUCCAGUUCCUCCCAACUUGGCACCUUGUCUUAUCCUAUUCCUCAUGCCGAAUCUUCACUUAAGGUAAGUCAAAGCCAGAUUGUUCCUCGUCCAUUUAAUGUGUUACCAGUGAAGAGCAAAUGGAGCAACGUUGAAUUUCAUGUUCUUUUUUUUGAUCUGGAAAAUCUUAUGGAACUUCUGCUGUCCACCCAAUUCAACAACUUCAGCACCUCCCACUCAUGGCAUGGCAGUGACAUUCUAAGAAGAGCCAAAAGCACCUUCGAGAAAAGGCCACUGGCAUUGAAAAGGAGUAAAACUGCCACAUCUUCUAUUUCAGGGGAAGUGCAGUUGAAGAAUAUUUGUGAAAACCAGGACCAGGGAGAUAGCCCAGACAAAUCCUUUGAAGAAAACGAGGGUAUCAGGAGACAGAAAAAAAUGAAGAGUUCCAAAAAAGCUCAAUUUAUACCACCAAGAAAAGUUGAUAUCAACCUCAUGAUAGACACAGCUAAACUUCUCUUGUCAUGCCUCUUACCAUGGGGUGUAGAUAAAGAAUUAGAUAAUCUUUGCAUUCAGCAUCUAAAUAUUUUAAGGCUUCAAUGUCCAGCUUCUCUAGGAUUAGCUUCAAAUGAAGAUCACUUCUCUUUGAUGUUGCCUGGUUGGAACUUUUGCAAUCCAGGCAUGAAGGAAGGGUGUUCAGUCAUUAACUUGUUUUCCAGAAAAGUGCUGGACUUGUCAAAUAAAUACAUUGCUGCCCUCUCAAGUCAACCAGAAGGUAUAGGAGAGCUAGAAAGUGAUUCAAAACGUGGGUCAGACACUAUACUAUAUCUAUUAAGCAAGUUGUUUUUAGUUAAUAAGUUAGUUAAUAUGCCUUUAGAAUUGGCCUACAGAACUAACAGUUACCACAAAAUGGAAUCUGUUCCUAACAAGGGAAAAAAUAUUGGCCAUGAUAAUUCAAGUUUCUAUGGCAAUUUACGAAAUGGUAAAACUGAAUUUCAUUUUCCUGAUGCUGAUCUUUCCUUGGUGAAGCUAGUUUCCUGCUGGAGAGACCAAUCUGUACAGGUCAUUGAAGCAAUACAGGCUGUUCUGCUGGCUGAAGUUCAACAAUAUAUGAAAACCUUAAGAAAGAUAUCCAUCAACCAUCCACCACUGUCCAUGGUAGGCAAUGGAAAUGGAGAGGUGGAGACACUGCCAAAGAAUGAACAGUCAGAGCAGCUAGAAUUACAAUGCAUUAAAAACAUUCCUUCACAAACUACAGUCAGUGUGGUCAAGCAUGACAGCCACUCAAACUCGGCAAACUUCCAAGAAGCUGAGGACAUGCCUGACAGAUGUGUCUUAGAAGAGUCGGAGAGUCCAGGUAAUCGCAAAGCACAUCCUUGGGUGGCUAAGAUGUGCUCCUGUAAGAUGUGUUGAAAUACGUCUUCACUUACU